GACAGAUCUACCUGAAACUUGGCAUUGGGAUUUAAUAAAGCAGGGAUAUGUGAUUAGCAUGACUAGGUGUCUAUGUUAUUAUGUUCCACAGAUGUGGUGAUUGGAUUAUUGUGGACAUACUUGACAUUGAUACAGCUGCUUUCUGUGGAUUUUUGGGGGAGAUCAGAUGCCAGAAUAUGCAACAUUAUUGUUAUUUCUGUAGAUUUCAAUUAAGCUUUGAGGUGCAUAUUAUGUGGUCCUUUACAAUGUAUGGGUUAUAAGCCAGUGAUUUCUGAAUGCCUUGUUUUUCAUGAUCACAGGUCUGUUUUGUGAUAUCAGGCAAUUUUGUUCAAAGCAGAAUUUUAAUUAUGAACAAAUAUUAGUGUUCAUCAUUCAGAUCAGCAAUAUAUUGUGUUACGUUGGCUUAAAAUUCUUGGAAUGACUUUAUAUACAAUUUAUGAGACAUAUGGAGAAAUAUAUGAACUCUGUGACAAAGAAGAUAGAGAUGAGAGAAAUAUUAAUUAUCAGAUGACAGCAGAAGCCCUAGAGGCUCAGGAGGAGGAGGAAUGUUCAGUGGAUGAUGGAUAUGACCCGGGACUAGAGAACACGGCCCGGUCAUCGCCCCUCCAUCUCUCUGAGGGGGCACUGUCGGGUCACACAGAGGAACACUGUUCAUGGGACAGACAGCUGGAAUACAUACUGGCUUGCUGUAGCUUUGUCAAUGGAGUGGACAGUAUUUUAUGGUUUCCAAAGAUGGCGGCUUUACAUGGGGGAGGUGUGUUUUUCGUGAUAUACCUGUUGCUGACCUUGACCUGUGGCUUCCCUUUACUUUACAUGGAAACCAUUCUGGGGCAGUAUGCCAGAGGGGGACCUGCCAUAGCCUGGGACGUAGUACCAUUAUUCAGAGGGCUGGGAGUGGCUGUAGUCAUGGUGUCCACAUUAGUAAGCCUAUACUAUGGAACAACAUUAAUUUGGGCAAUGUACUUUUUGGUCCAUCCAUUAUCAUCUGCCAGUACUUGUAACAACACCGGAGAUAUUCUUUGCUCUACAAACGUCCAGAUAGACAGAGAGCUGACGAGUGUCAAUACAUCAUCUAGAUUCCCAUAUGUUCUUUCUACUGUAGGAAGUAUACAUUUAUACCAGGAUAUACUACAGGUGUCAGCUGGAAUAGGUCACACUGGCCAUCUUGUAUGGUACUUUGUCGUCUGUCUUGUGAUACUGUGGGCUGUUAUAUUCAUCAUCCUCAUUCUAGGACCAAGAUCUCUGGGAAAAGCGGUGUACAUAACGUAUGGACUAGCACAAGUGUUAGCAGUGUCACUAAUGGUCCACCUUUGUACAGAAGACGGGGCUCUCCGAGGGAUCAAAGGCUUCCUGAACAUGAAGUGGGACGUUCUAGGUAAUCUGGAGGCAUGGGUUGCUGCUGGGAUGCUGAUGUUUAGCUCGCUGGGUCUGGGCACAGGAUCCUUGACAUCUCUGGCUGGCUAUACCCAUUUCCAUAGUCACUGCUUUAGAAACUGCCUGCUGGUGAUCACGGCUCACCUGGUUGGUAUGCUGGUCAGUGGGUUCACCAUUUUUGCUGCUCUAGGCAUCAAUGGACAAAAGGACAACAACUCUAUAAACCAUCAUAAUAUGACAGCACUUGACCUUGUGUUUACACUGAUGACAUCCGUCAUUGCCAGAACUAACAAUGCUCAGGUAUGGAAAACAAUCUUUUUCCUGACCUUGAUUCUGAUGGGGGUAGGUACCCAGUGUACAUAUUUACAGAACAUCGUGUCGGCUCUCCUUCACUUCCUGCCAGAUAGGUGGCGCUUCAGGUGGAAAUUCAAAUGCCCAGUGCUGGCGGUAGUCUGCUGUGUUGCCAUGGUACUAGGACUUCUGCUGACAACACAAGGAGGUUUGUACCUAUUCUACUUCUCCCAUCACUAUGUGGGUAAGCUGUCCCUAUACCUGAUAGCAUUUGGGGAGUGUGUCUCUCUGGCCUGGGUGUAUGGGGCCCAGAGACUUUGGAAUAAUGUGUCAGACAUGACAGGAACCACAGACAGUCCAUGGUGGAAACUGACCUGGAAGUUCCUCACUCCAGUUGUUGUGUUUGGUUUGAUUAUUGUGACAGUCGUCUAUGAUGAGCCUCUGUGCUACAGCACCUACCAGUUUCCUGACUUGUCCCACACUGUUGGAUUGAUGAUCACUCUUCUCCCUGUCCUACCUGUACCAGUAUUUAUUUUUUGGUGCUUGUGGAAAAAUGAGGGCAAUCUAAAACAUAGAAUCAAAGCUUCAGUUGUUACAUCCUCAAGCUGGGGACCAGGCCAAUUAGCCAAUCAGGAACCAGGAAUUGAGCUGCCUGAUUACGUAAUAUGUACACCAGACAAUCACAAACCGGAGAAUGCCCUGGCGAUUCUGACAGCCAACCUGUAUAUCCCGAAUCUGACCAAUCUCAUAUCAGCACAGGUUAAUCCGGAUGAAGACCCAGAGAUGAGUGGUGGUUACCUGACAGAUCUGAUGGCUGUGGACAACGGAGAGAGUGAGGACGAGGAUGAUACGAAUCACCGUGGCAACUGGAGCAGUCGGAUGGACUUUGUCCUGUCCUGUCUGGGUUAUGUAGUUGGGUUAGGAAAUGUCUGGAGGUUUCCAUAUCUUGUGUUCAGAAAUGGUGGAGGUGCAUUCUUUAUUCCCUACACCAUAAUGUUGAUAUUCUGUGGGAUCCCACUGGUGUAUAUGGAGCUGGCCUUUGGACAGUAUGCCAGUCUGGGACCAGUCACUGUGUGGAGAGCUGUUCCCAUCUUUAAAGGUAUUGGAAUAUCAAUGGUGUUAGCCUCCACACUGGUGGGGAUCUACUACAACAUGGUGAAUGCCUGGGCCUUCCAUUAUCUGUUCUCCUCCAUGAUGGCUACCCUUCCUUGGCUAACCUGUAACAAUGCAUGGAAUCAGGACACAUGCAGUUUGAACAAGUAUGAAAUCACAAAUUGCUCCUUGUUGAACAUAUCCUAUCUCUAUGAACCUGUCGUGAGGAACAUCUCUUGUGUAGAGACAUUACUGAACUGUUCAGAUACAAAUCUGUCCACCAGGAUCUCUGAUCCUGUCGUCUCCUGUAUCGGUGAACUGAGGGACAAAGUCGGAGACGAGAUCUUCCUCAAUUCCUCCUGGAUCAACUCUCGUAAACUGACCAGCCCCAGUGAGGAAUAUUUCUACAAUAAGGUUUUGAAGCGAUCUGGGAGCAUGAACGAGCUUGGCAGCGUGCAGUAUGAGCUGGCUCUUUGUCUGCUGCUAUGCUGGGUCAUUGUGUUCAUCUGCCUCAUCAAGGGAGUCCGUACUUCAGGGAAGAAAAUAGUGUCAAAGGUAGCUUACCUGGUUGUGAUUUUUCCAUUCCUGAUCAUGCUGACAUUACUUGUACGAGCCUUGACCAUGGAGGGGAACAUGACGGGUAUUAAAUUUUAUGUUGCCCCCAAGUGGGAGAAGCUUCAGGAACCCAGUGUUUGGGGCGAUGCAGCAGUGCAGGUCUUCUUCAGUCUGUCUGUCUGCAUGGGAGGACUUACUACUCUCUCUAGUUACAAUAAAUUCCAUAAUAAUAUUUACAGUGAUGCAAUAUUGGUGUGUUUGGGUGAUACACUUAUGAGUAUGUUAGCAGGUUUUUCUGUGUUCGCCAUGAUGGGUGUCCUUAGCAACGAAUUAGACACGGAUAUAGAAAAGGUCAUUACUUCAGGAAUAGGGCUAACCUUUAUAGUCAAUCCUGCUGCCAUGUCCUACUUUCCUAUAGCUCCUCUGUGGUCCGUCUUAUUCUUCCUAAUGAUCAUUAUGCUUGGUCUAAGUACCCAGUUUGUUCAGAUUGAGACCAUAAUCACCGCCAUAAUGGACGAAAACUUAUCUGUCUUCCGUGGAAAGAGAAUCGUUGUUUUGUUUUUAGUGUGUUCUGUUCUUUUCCUUCUUGGAUUACCUCUUUCCACACAGGGUGGAAUCUAUGUAUUGACUUUGAUUGAUGAGUAUGCAGCAGGCUUUGCCACCAUGGUGAAUGGUGUGUUUAUGUGUAUUGCCAUUGGCUGGAUUUAUGGAGUGCGACAGUUCUGUACAGACAUAAAGCGUAUGAUUGGUCAGUCUGUAGGAUACUGGUGGAAGGCUCUCUGGUGCGUCAUCUCUCCUAUCAUUAUCACAUUCAUCAUCAUUUUCUCUUGCAUUGGAUACAAGUCUCUGUCAGAGAAGUACAAUUCAGACAGUUAUCCCCCUUGGUCUGAGGUUCUGGGGUUCUUCAUUACAAGCAUUCCUGUGUUAGCCAUUCCUCUGUGGAUCAUCUGUAAACUGGCACUCAGUGAAGGGGGACUAGUCAAGAGACUAAAGAAACUGUGCCAGGCAGAGUCCAGCUGGGGUCCAGCUCUGGAGAGGAAUUGGAAGAAUGUGGAGUAUUAUCCAGCUGUAAACACCAAUACCCUGGCAGUGGAUGUGGAACACUCCCCUCUCCACACAGUCACAGACCAUGUAGAUUUUACCACAGUUGGUGUGAAAGUUCCAAGUCUUUCCUCCCAAGCUAGUUUGCUGCCCAAGUCCCUCUCCCCCAAGAAACCCAGAGACAUGAGAGAAAGGGCCAUACUAAAUCACGCUUACAGCAAUCCUCAGUGUCAUCAAUCUAUUGUAUCAAUAGAAAAGGCAGUAGCCUGUGGUCCCAAUGAGCCACUGUAUGAAGACACAGAUGUGUUGAUUGUACAGAAGUGUUCUAAGAGGUUCAUUGAGAUGAAGGAUGUAGCAACUCAAACAGAACCCAUCAUCAAGAAGCCUCCAUCUACCUCCAUUUCCUCUAGUGUUAUCCAAAACAAGCCAGAAUCCAUUAAUAAAACACCUCCAUCUUGUUCAACUGUUUCUAAUGUUGCUAAUUCCACUGAUCCAACAGUUCCAAGUUGUUCCACAAGUCCACAAAUUCCAAGUUGUUCAACAGACCCUUCAGACUUGAGCUGUUCCACAGAUCAAACAAAUAUGCAUUGUUCCACUGAACAGAUUGACUUGAGUUGUUCCUCAGAUCAAACCAUCUCAAACAAUUCAUUGGUCUCGAAUGGUUCCAAUUUCCAAAUGGAUUUGAAUCACUCCAUUGAAUCAGCAAUCUCAUGUCCAUACAUUGACCCUUCUGAUUCGGCAUGGUCCACUGUUCAAGCAAUCCCAAUUUGUUCCAUGGACCAGAAAGUUUUGGCUCCUUGCAGUGACAAUAGUAGUGUAUCCAGCAAUAGCCCAGCAGUUCUGCAAGUUGAGGUGACCAAAUUUUGAUGUUUUAUUUGUUUCUGAUGUCGGAUCAUAUGAUCAAGCUAUCCAGUGAUGGGGAUCUUGCUAUCCAGUGAUGGGGAUCUAGCUAUUCAAUGAUGGGGUCUAGUUAUCCAUUAUCCGGUGAUUAUGAUAUAGCUAUCCAGUGAUGGGGAUCUAAUUAUCCAGUGAUUGAGAUUUAGCUAUCCAGUGAUUGGGAUCUAGCUAUCCAGUGAUUGAGAUUUAGCUGUCCAGUGAUUAUGAUCUAGCUAUCGAGUGAUUGGAUCUAGUUCUCCAGUGAUUGGGAUAUAGCUAUCCAGUGAUUGGAUUUUUAACGUAUGAUUUGUCAAAUAGUGCUUCAGUCUUCCAAGUUAGCUUUGCAUGUUCAUAAACCUUUGUGCAUAGAUAAUCUUUGUUAUGAUAGAAGAUGCAAAGGAUAUUAGUAUUGAUUAUGUUGCUAUUGUUUAUAUUAUAUAUACAUGAUUGUUGGAUUUCUUGGUUGUAAAAUGUGCAUAAGAAUUAAUGGAUUAUACUUUUGUUGAUAUUCAUAAAAAAUGUAUACAAUCACUACAUAUCAGAUUAAUGUAAAUAAAAUACACACUUUACCUUUUAUUAUUGGAGACAAAGUGGGCAGUGUGAAUUUAGCAAAAAAGCUUGAUCAUCUUAGACUUAGGUCUAGUUAGAAUAACUGACAUUAUUUACAACAUGAUACUGUACCAACUUAUAUUCGCAAUAACUUUUAUUCGUGAUUCAUCAAUUUAAAAUCCAUUUGCAAGGAUUAAUGUUAGAGACUGCAUGAGGAAAUAUUCAACUUAAAAACACAAUUAAAUUGGUGAUUGGCAGGCAGAAAUAUUUGCAAAUAAAAGAGGUCAUGAAACUCGUGGAUAAUUCACUUACAUGCAAAUAAAAGUUGGUUUACAGUAAAAUUUGUACAUUAAUCAGGUAUUGUUUCCUUUGUGCACUAUAGCUAUGGCCACUAAUUUGUUACAAAAUGUUUCGUGCAAAAUCUGAAAUAUGUGAUUGUGAUUUAAUGUCCUGUUUCAUGUCAUUGUAUUUGUAUGACAGUGAUAUUUGAAAAAGCUAUGUUACUACCUAAAGAAAUUAAUUCUGCAUUUCAAAAUCCCCUUUGAAAUGCAUUGUAGGUGUUUAUUAAUCAAGCUUAUGGUGAUAAUUUAUUAUAUUUUAUAAACAUUAUUUUGUUUAUUUAAUGUGAAUCAUACUUUUUUGUAUGAGCACUAUGUUGAUGUGUAAAAUAAAGUAUUUUACAGGA